GUGCUAGAAGCGUAUGGAAACAACCAGUCUCCUGUACUAGUGGUGGGGGACUUAGUCAACAUUCAUUUCAUGGAGUGGCCUGAGAGUGACGCGGCUCUCGACCUCCCGUUCGAGCGCUCCUCCGACUGUCCCACGGCGCUGCUCAUCAAGCCGGCAGCGGGCAUGUUCCUGGCGGCCGAGCUGUUUGUAAGGGAGACGUUCAAAGGGGAGAGGUUCAUUGGCAUGCACUGGCGACGAGGGGACUUCAAGGCUUAUUGUUUCUGGCACGGACCCAAAAAUGCAUGCUACUUCCCCGUGCAACAGGUGGCGUAUUGGGUGUAUCGCAAGAGCAGGGAGCUGGGAAUCAACAACCUCUUCCUCGCCACCAAUGCCAAGCAUGCCGAGUUGGAGGAGCUAACAGUGCUGUUGAAUCAAAUGUCGGAUUACAAGCUAAACGUGGUGCGGUUACCAUCCGUCCGCGAAAAGAGCAAGGAGAAAUGGAUGCGGCCUAUCCAACAACUGACUCAAGGUCGCACGGAGCUCAUUCCAGUGGCUUUAGAAAAGCUGAUUUGUGCGCAGGCGCAUAUUUUCUGGGGAUCUGUGGCGUCGACAUUUUCCAUGGAUAUCCAACGAUAUCCCGUCGGGCUAGCAUCGAUUUCAUUUGGAAUGGACGGCUCAGAUGAUUCGGAUGUGGAUUUCGGCACAAUGGUCAUGAAGCCUGGGAGCCGCAGGCCGCCACAGGAGCCGUCCGAUGAAGAAUCGGACGGUGAUGGAGGCGGCGAUUUCGGAACCAUGGUCAUGAAGCCUGGAAGCAGACGCGACAGCGGGAGCGGCGGCGGCGGCGGCGGUGGAUGGCGUGGGGGAGGUGAUAAUAACGGGGAUAGUGACGAGGAGGGGGGAGGAGAUUUCGGAACGAUGGUGAUGCGGCCACGUGGCACGCGUCGAGACGACGAUGACGGGAGCGUGGUGGAAUCGGACGGUUCAGAAGGAGGGGAUUUUGGAACCAUGAUGGGGAGCCAGAAGGGAAGGAGGCGAGAUGAGGAGGAAGAGGAGGAGGAGGAGGAGGAGAGUGAGGAGGGGGAUUUUGGCACAAUGGUAGUGAGCAAGUCGGCCAAGAAAAAGGGGCGGCGGCGGAAGGAGGAGAGCGAGGAGGAGGAAGAGGGAGACUUUGGAACGAUGGUUGUUUCGAAACGUCGAGGCCGGAGUGAUGAGGAGGAGGAGGAGGAUGAGGAUGAUGAUGAAGAGGAGGAAGAUGAGGAUGACGAUCAAUUCGGCACUGUGGUGGUAUCUGGGAAGAGCAAGGGGGGAGGGCGGAAGAAGAAGGGGGGGAAGGGAGGAAAGGAGGAGAAGGACGGGACUGGGUCAUUGGCAGCAGCGGCUAGGAGCAUGGCGGAGCACAAAGACGUUGCUCCCAAGGCGAAGAAGGGCGGGGGAGGGGGCAUUUCAGGGUCGAGCAUUCAUGUGUCCAGAGAAGACCCCACGUUGAAAUACGAGUUGCUGGAAGAACUGGGCAAGGGUUCCUACGGGUCAGUGUACAAGGGAAGAGACCGCAUUAGCUCAGAACUGGUGGCUAUUAAAGUCAUUUCCCUGGCUGAAGGGGAGGAGGGGUUUGAGGAGAUAAGGGGCGAGAUUGAGAUGCUGCAGCAGUGCAACCACCCCAACGUCGUGCGAUACUAUGGCAGCUACCAGGGGGACGACUUCCUCUGGAUUGUGAUGGAGUAUUGUGGUGGUGGCAGCGUGGCUGACCUUAUGAACAACACUGACUCACCACUCGAGGAGGGCAUGAUUGCCUAUGUGUGCCGGGAGUCCAUUAAGGGCUUGGCCUACCUACACGAGAUAGGCAAAGUGCAUCGAGACAUCAAGGGCGGCAACAUUCUUUUGAGCGACUCAGGGGAGAUCAAGCUGGGGGACUUUGGGGUGGCAGCACAGCUCACCCGCACCAUGUCCAAACGCAACACGUUCAUAGGCACGCCCCACUGGAUGGCACCGGAGGUGAUUCAGGAGAGUCUGUACGACGGCAAGGUGGACGUGUGGGCGCUCGGCAUCACUGCCAUUGAGAUGGCCGAGGGCCUGCCACCACGCUCUAACAUCCAUCCCAUGCGAGUGAGUGCUUGCUUGCCUUGGGAACCAUUAGAGUGUGGAGCUUGUUCAAAUAUUCCCCACCCGUUUUGGCCCCUCUCCUCCACCCGCUCUUUCCAGGUGCUUUUUAUGAUUUCCAGAGAACCUUCCCCCACAUUAGAGGAUCCCGAGAAAUGGUCCCUUUUAUUCCACGAUUUCGUGGCCAAGUGUCUGAUCAAGGAACCAAAGCAGCGCCCCACCACGCCAGCGCUGCUGCAGCACAAGUUCAUCGAGAGGUGCAAGGACACGGCUGUGGUGCUCAAGAAACGGAUCGACCAGGCCAAGGCGAUGCGAGAGGAGGCGAAGAAACAGAGACUGGCUGCUGCUGCUUUGGAGGAGCAGAACAGCGUUUCAGAGGAUGUGAUGCAGCACAAGUUCAUCGAGAGGUGCAAGGACACGGCUGUGGUGCUCACGAAACGGAUUGACCAGGCCAAGGCGAUGCGCGAGGAGGCGAAGAAGCAGAGAUUGGCUGCUGCUGCCCUGGAAGAACAGAACAGCGUCUCAGAGGAUCACAAGUUCAGGGAACGAUGCAAGGACACUGCUGUGGUUCUCAAGAAGCGGAUUGACCAGGCCAAGGCGAUGAGAGAGGAGGCGAAGAAACAGAGAUUGGCUGCUGCUGCUGCUGCAGUGGAGCAGCAGAUCAGCGUCUCAGAGGAUUCCAUGGGCACAGGCACGGUGAUUCGAAAGGGAGAUGCCACCACCAUUUCUUACAUUCCACCACCCUCCAUCCCCUUCCAUCCCUCUGCUUCCCCUCCCCACCUCCCCGGUGCAGUCUAUGGGCACGGGGGGGACAUUCUGAAGGCUCGCUCUGCUCCCUCCGCCUAUGCUGAUGACGAUGAACCUGGUGGGUGUUAUGAUCCAAAAGACUUCGGCACGUUUGUGAACAAGGACUAUGAAUCCGAGGACGAAGCGAUGGACACGGGCACGAUGCGAGUCGCCAGGUCAGACGAGCCGUCCGCCAAGUCAGCAGCCGCCACGUCAGCAGCAGAGGGCGUAGAGUCGUCUUCGGAUAACAUCGGCGCAGCACUGGCAGCUUUGGGAGGGCAGCGCAAGGCCAAGCCCGCACAAGCCAAGUCCGCCCCCUCACGGCGCUCUGAGCGUCCUCCUGUCCCUCCGAAGCAGGCAGCAGCGGCGGGCAUGGAGCUGGAAGCCAAGAGGCGCAAGGGCACGGAUUUCUUUGCGGGGGCGAGGCAAGCGAUGGAGGAUGGGACGAGGCAGGCCAUUGCUGAUAGCACCAAGCCCGCUCAGCGAGCCAGCCCUGGGCUGCAGGAUAAGCUAUCAGCGGUGUAUGCAGCGGGCAACACGGUCCCCAUCCCGUUCCUCCGCGCGUGCGACAUCUCUCCUCUCGCCCUCAUCGCCUCAUCGGGCCCCGACGGCGCUCCCUUUGAUCAGUGUGGGCUGGAGGCGAUUCAGGAGCUGUCAGGGAGUGGAGGGCUGGCAGGAAGCAAGGGCGCGAGACGAACACCCGCUGCUGAGGUCCCACUACCUCCCAGUGUAUACCGCAGACUAGCCAACAGCACCACCCUCCCCAAUCUCGCCCGAGCGCUGGCGUACCAUAAACAGUGUUUGGACGAGAUGCCCCUACAAGGAUGGCAAGGGAUCAGAAGCAUCGCGAGCAGCAUGUCCGGCGGAGACGAGGUAUCGGCACUGGUGCUGGAUCUAGGCUCGCACACGUGCAAGGCGGGAUACGCAGGGGAGGAUACUCCUAAAGCCGUCUUCCCCUCGGUGUUUGGUGUGAUAGAGGCAGAUGCAGGACGUGCAGGAGAGGAGGGGAAAAGGGGAGAGGGGAGCGAAGCAGAGGGGCCAGAUGCGAAGAGAGUGAAGCUGGAGGGGGGUCUGGCAGCAGCAGGGGCGUCGGCGAAUGGGAGCUCGCCAGGUGGCAAGAGGAAGCUGUUCGUGGGGAGCAAUGCUCUUGGAUACAGACGAGAUUUUAUGGAGGUGGUACCGUCUGUGUCAAAUGGUUUACUGUCGGACUGGGAAGGAGUUGCUGCCAUUUGGGAGCAUGCACUUAAGGACCGCCUACUGGUAGACCCCAAGGAGCAUGCAGUGCUGCUGGCAGAGCCCUCCUUCAACCCGCCAGCAGCGCGGGAAAAAACAGUGCAGCUCAUGUUUGAAACGCUCGGGCCCCCGGCGGUGUUCCUCGCAAGGAAUGCUGUUCUGACGUCCUUCUCCUGUGGGAAAGCCACCUCGCUUGUCGUCGACAGCGGGUUUUCAUCCACAACAGUCGCAGCAGUGCACGACGGAUAUGUGUUGCAAAAGUCUCUCCGUCGCUCACCAGUGGCCGGGGAUGCACUCACAGAGUUCCUCCUACGAUCUGUGGGCAGGCAAAAGGUCCGCCCACGGUUCUCGUUCAAGCGAGUGUUGAUCCGACCUGGCCAGUUUGAGUUGGUAGACCAGGCAUAUCCCAACACCACGGACAGCUACCGCCUCUACAUGCAGAAGGCGACAGCAGCAGAUAUGAAGGAGACCGUGUGCCGCGUGCCUGAUGCUCCCUAUGAUGAUCUUUCCUUCUCCAAUGUCCCCACAGUGGCCUAUGAACUGCCAGACGGCCAGGUACUGGAGGUGGGCAGUGACCGGUUCAAAGUGGCUGACGCGCUUUUCAAUCCAAGCCUUCUCUCUUCAAUUGCUUCAGCCGACCCCUCCAGUGGGGGAUGGACAGCAGAGGCCAUUGCUGAUGCAGCCAAAUCACCGGGGAUAGCGAGAAUGGUGGUUGACAGCAUCAGCAAGUGCGAUGUGGAUAUUCGCAAGGACCUCUACAGCUCUGUGCUGUUGUCAGGAGGCACUAUGGCCAUGCAGCAGAUCAAAGAGCGCCUGGAGAAGGAGCUCAUGGCGGAGGCCCCGCAAACAGCAAAAGUUAAGGUUUUGGCAAGCGGCAAUGUUAUUGAAAGGAAGUUUAGUGUAUGGAUUGGAGGUAGCAUCCUCGCUUCCUUGGGUUCUUUUCAACAAAUGUGGCUCUCCAAGGCAGAGUAUGAGGAGCAUGGAGCUGCGUAUGUGCAUCGCAAAUGCCCGUAG